AUGUCUUCCACCAACAUCAACCGUCUCCGCAGCCUGUUCUCCAGAAUCCCUUCUCCCACCUCAUUUGGCCGUAAACUGACCACCCCUCAAACCCCCACCAACACUAAACUGACCCCUAAAGCUGAAACCCCAGUUCCCAUUUCCUCUCAAGACAAAAAAAUCAAUUCAUUGGUGAACAAAUUCAAGAAAUCCACUGACAAUCCCAUAUUCCGUCGAUACCACCACGAACAUUAUGAAGCCACUGUCCGCCGCCUUGCUGACGGCAGACAUUUCUCCGCUAUCAAAGAUAUCCUUGAGCACCAAAAGAAGUACCCUGACAUCAGGGAUGAAAUGUUUGCAGUCCGCCUCAUCAGUCUUUACGGAAGAGCCAAAAUGCUUGAUGAGGCCCAGAAGCUGUUCGAUGAAAUGACUAGCUUGAAUUGUGAACGGACGCUUCGUUCGUUCAAUGCCCUUUUGGAGGCUUGCGUUCAUUCCAAGAAUUUUGAUAAAGUCAGGGAAUUGUUCAAGGAAUUACCUGAGAAAUUGCCCUUGAAACCUGACGUUGUUUCGUAUAAUAUUGUUGUUGGAGCUUUAUGUCAUUUGGGUUCUCCUGAUUCUGCGGUGGCGCUGAUGGAUGAGAUGGAAAGAAAUCAUGUCAAGCCUAAUGCAGUAACUUUCAACACGCUUUUAGAUGCAUUUAAUAAGAAGAACAGGGUUGAGGAGGCAGAAAGGUUGUGGGGUUUGAUGGAGAAGAAAAAUGUGACGCCUAAUGCUGGGAGUUAUAACUCAAGAUUGCAUGGUUUGGUUGUCGAUGGUCGAAUUCUAGAUGCUGUUCUCUUGAUUGAGGAAAUGAGCAAAAAGGGGGUGAAGAUGAAUAUUUUUUGUUACAAUGCUGUGAUGAAAGGGUUUGUUGGUGCUGGAAACGUAAACGAGGCUAAAGUUUGGUAUAAGAAGAUGGCGGCAAAUGAACUUAGACUUCGUCCGAACUGGGCAACAUACAGCAUGCUUAUUCCAUUUGCUUGUGACAAGGAUGAUUUUGAUUAUGCAUUUGAGUUGUGCGCCGAUGCAAUAAGAAAGAAGCGAACGGUUGAUAUAUUCGUAGUUCAGAGGGUCAUUGAUGGAUUAGUCGCGAGAUCAAAGAAUGAUGAAGCAGAAAUCCUCAGGGAGAUGGCAAAUUUCAAACAGUCACUUGUAUAUUAG